UCCGUUGGUCAUUGAAUGCACCACACAAUCUCGGCUCCGCAUGUUCAUGACGUCAUUUCAUCGGCUACCAACUGGUCAUUGAAUUUUGCUUCCUGGAGUUCAGCCAGCAGGCUACCUACGCUGGAGGAUGAAGUUGGAAGGUGCCUGGGUGCUGCUGCUUCUCGCCAUCUCUGUGUCAUCAGUGCCCAUCGACCGCAAAGAGGUCCACCAGGAAGUCAAAGAUGAAGAACAAGUGGAGAGCAUGGACACGGGUCUGUACUACGACCGAUACCUCCGAGAGGUGAUCGAGGUCCUGGAGACAGACCCUCACUUCCGGGAGAAACUGCAGACGGCCAACACGGAGGACAUCAAGAAUGGCCGCCUGAGCAAAGAGCUGGAUCUUGUCAGCCACAAUGUUAGGACACGUCUGGACGAGCUGAAGCGGCAGGAGGUGUCGCGGCUCCGGAUGCUGCUCAAGGCCAAGCUAGACAGCACCAACACUCAGAGCCUGCAGAUGGACCACGCAUCCCUGCUCAAGCAGUUUGAACAUCUGGACCCGAACAACCAGAAUGCCUUUGAGGCCAAAGACCUGGAGCUGCUUAUUUCCACGGCCACCAAAGACCUGGAAAACUACGACGCUGAGCGGCACGAGGAGUUCAAGCGCUACGAGAUGCUGAAAGAGCACGAAAGGCGCGAGUACCUGAAGGGUCUGGACCAGGAGAAGCGGGAGAAGGAGGAGCAGCGCAUGCAGGAGCUGAAGAACAAACACCGAGAGCACCCCAAAGUCAACGCUCCUGGCAGUGUGGCUCAGCUGAGGGAGGUUUGGGAAGAGACUGACAGACUGGACCCCAAAGAGUUUAACCCCAAGACCUUCUUCAAGCUGCACGACACCAACGAGGACGGUGUUCUGGACGAGCAGGAGCUGGAGGCGCUUUUCACGAAAGAGCUGGAGAAAGUGUACAACCCCAAGAACGAGGAGGACGACAUGAUGGAGAUGGAGGAGGAGCGGCUGAGGAUGAGGGAGCACGUCAUGAAGAACGUGGACACCAACAAAGAUCGACUGGUCAGCCUGGACGAAUUUCUCAAGUCCACAGAGAAGAAGGAGUUCAACACUCCCAAAGAAUGGGAGACUCUGGACGCCAAGCCGGCCUAUACCGAGGAGGAACUGCAGCGCUUUGAGGCGGAGCUCCGUGACAAGGAAGAGGAGCUGAAGAGGAAGGAGGACACGCUACGGCAGGAGCAGGAGCUGCUGAAGGAGAGAGGAAAAGCUUUGGAGGCCCAGAGGAGGGAAUACCAGCAGGCCGUGCUGGAGAUGUCGCAGAGGCAGAAGGACCAGGCCGCAGCUGAAGGACAGCCUCCGGCCGGCCCUCAAGGGGAACUUCAGUUCCGGCCUCCACAACAUGACGAUAAAGCAGGAAAAGUUGCUGUCGUGGAAAACGUUGAAGAUGCCCUUGUGCAGAAUAAUCUGCCCGCCGAACCGCCGCAGAACCUGCCCACACACACCUGACCAGCACACACACACACACACACACACACACACACACACACACACCUUUUAUGUGCACUGAUAAGACAUUAGGGGUUGUACAGACUAGUCGACUUGACUACUCCACAAUGACAUUUCAAGCGCAUCAUCGACUAGUCGCUAAAUACGAGUUUGUGGUUUGAGGAGGAGGCAGAGCCAUUAGCUAUAACCAGUGAGGGAUUAUUUCAAUUUAUGCAUUAGUUUUUGUAAGCCCACCAUUCCUUUGCCCAUGGCCAGCUUAAUUGACAUCAGAGCAUCCCAGCGCCUGUUUGUGAUGCACUAUGGCUGUCAACACUCCUCCACCGCAUUCGGAAUAAUGGGAGAAACGCCUGCUCUGAGCGUUUGGCUUGUUUCAUCAUCACAGGUAGUUGUAGCAGGCCUUCUGCUGCAUGGUGUUUUGAGAAACCUGAUAUGGAUCGGGACAAUUGUACAGUGUGGUUCAGUUAUUGCGGGUUCAGUGCCUUGUUGGCUAAUUGAAUAGCCUACUAUAGCUAGUUAGAAUGAAUUGUAAUCCUGAAUAGGUGGUUUAGCCAGAUGGAAGAUGGGAAAACAGCCACUGGUGCUCUUUCAAUUGCUUUAUUAGGCAAGUCAAGGCAAAUUGUAUUUAUAUAGCCCAUUUCAUGCAUAAAACUCAGUGUGCUUCACACAACCAAAAGCACGACACCAAACAGAACAGCGGGAAGACAUUCAAAGGCAGAGCAAAGAGAACAAAAGUAGCUUAUCAAAAUUACUAAAGGAGCAUACAUUGACAACAUUUAAACGCAUUUACAAGCAAAAGAUGAACAUUCAACAAAUGAUAUCAAAAGUCAGUAAUCAGAGACACAUUCUUAGCACACCUGCAGGUAGCCUCAACUACCAUCGUCAUUGAAAACUAGGGACUCUCAAACUAUAGUCAGGAAAUUCUUUCCAUUAGUCCUUAUUCAGAUUGCGGCCCCAAGUGGAGAAAAAUAAUACUGUACCUGCAUCUCACAUUGUACUGCGGUGAUGCUUGGUGAUGAAGUGUAGGCAUGAAACUUUAAAAUAUAUAAAAAAUACAGUCAAUUCUUGGUUGCUACUUAAAAUCAUUUACUUACUUUAUAUGACUAAACACCCGCGAUAUUUGAGAGAUUACUACGCGUAGGAGCAUAAUGACGCCCAUAAAGCGCCUCACACUUCUUGCCAGAUGGCAAUUUUACAGAGCUGCUCUGUGCAAUUGCAAAAGCUCUGAUGUCAAAUGCUGUUGGCUUCACGUCUGUCCGGAUGAUACCUGAAGCUAAAUGGAGAAAAACGAAGUCCACAUUGACUUUUGGGACAUCCUGCAUUUCUCAAUGCUCAGCUUUGGUAUGUUCGGGAAAUCAAGUAAAAAUGAAAAAGGUGUCUCGAGCAAGAUUUGGAACCACUUUUUAGCCCAUAACAGUAAAUUGGAAGGAGGGUGGGCAGUGAUUCCAGUGCACACCAAGUGCUCUGUAAUUAUAUGCUAGUGGCCACCAUACAGAGGCCGCUUCUGUGGUAGGCCCACAACUAGAACAGGUGUCCUCGUUUGGUCACGUUGUAUUUCCUGUCUCCCAGCGGCAAGCACACCAAAUAGGAUUUUUUUUUUCCCCCUCUGGCUGGAAAUAGCUUCAUGCCGACGUCCCAUCCAUUUUAUUGAUGAAAAUUGAUUAUUGCAAAGUAUUCCCUCGUCCUGGAGUUUUUUUUUUUUUAAUAGUACUGUAUUGAGAAAAUAUUAAUGGCAUCAUCUGCGACUAGUCGACUUUCAUCACGUUAGAGUGUCGACUUAAAGUUGUGCAACCCCUACAACAUGAAGAAUUGAACAGAAGUUAAAUGUUCUUUUGUUGUGAUGAAAUGAAAAAUGUUCCGUUUCAUUCUGGGUUGCUGUAAUUUUAAAUAAAUUCUUAAUUUAUGUC